ACAAGCAAAGUUUUGUAAAUUUACCUGCAGCCAACACAAUGGCAAAGACACACAACCUCAUUUUUGCUGGAUUAUUAAUAUUUCUAUUGACUCAGAGGACUUUGUGCGUUAUCGAGGAAGAACUUCAUGCUGAAUACUGGAACAACAAAGCGAAACAAGCUAUUCACACUGCACUGAAUGUUCAGCCUAAUGCUCACCAAGCCAAAAACCUCAUCCUGUUCCUGGGGGACGGAAUGGGAAUACCAACAGUGACAGCUGCCCGGAUCCUCAAAGGCCAGCUGGAAGGAAAUUCAGGAGAGGAGGGAAGUUUGGUUAUGGAUACAUUCCCUCACCUGGCACUGUCAAAGACCUAUAAUGUAGACCAGCAGAUGCCAGAUAGUGCCGGCACGGCGACGGCAUACUUAUGUGGGGUAAAAGCCAACUAUGGGACCCUUGGAGUCUCUGCUGCCACUCCACUGGGUGACUGUAAAGCUGUUUUUGGCAAUGAAGUCACAUCAAUUCUCUACCGUGCCAAGAAUGCAGGAAAAUCUGUUGGAAUUGUCACAACAACGAGAGUGCAACAUGCUUCCCCUGCUGCAAGCUACGCUCACUCUGCAGACAGAGAUUGGUAUUCUGACUCUGACCUCUCUAAUGAAGCUGUCCAAAAUGGCUGUCGUGACAUUGCUUAUCAGCUGGUUUACAACACAGAGAUAGAUGUCAUUCUGGGUGGAGGUCGUCAGUAUAUGUUACCAAGAGACACACCAGAUCCUGAGUACCCAUCUGAAACCGGAAGCCGGAAAGACGGAAAAAAUCUUAUUGAUGAAUGGGCUAAAAACAAAAUAAAUGCUAAAUAUGUUUGGAAUAAAAGUGAGUUUGAUGCUGUCGAUCCUCGAAAAACAGACUUCCUUCUUGGUUUGUUUGAACCCAAAGACUGUCGCUAUGAGCUGGAGCGGGAUACAUCUAUGGACCCUUCGCUAACAGAGAUGACAGAAAAGGCAAUCAAGAUUCUCCAAAAGAAUCCCAAAGGAUAUUUCCUGUUUGUGGAAGGGGGGAGAAUAGAUCAUGCUCACCAUUCCACUAUGGCUAAAAAAGCUCUUCAUGAAGCUGUAGAGUUUGACCGUGCAAUCGGGCGAGCAGCAGAACUCACUAAUGAGCUGGACACACUGACUGUAGUCACUGCUGACCACUCCCAUGUCUUUGCUUUUGGAGGAUAUUCUGCAAGAGGAAACUCUGUUGUGGGAGUUUCUCGUAGCUUGGCCUCGGACAAAAAGCAUUUUACCACUGCUGUUUAUGGCAAUGGACCAGGAUAUCAGAUAGUCAAUGGAACUCGCCCUGAUAUGAAUGAAUCAAUUUCAUCAACAAAUGACUACACACAGCAGACUACAGUCCCUCUCGACUCAGAGACCCAUGGUAUAGAAGACGUGGCCAUCUUUGCCAAAGGACCAAUGUCUCACCUUUUCCACGGAGUUCAGGAACAGAGCUACAUUCCACAUGUCAUGGCUUACGCCGCCUGCAUAGAGCCCUAUACAGAUUGCCAACUGGAAAGCCACAGUGGAAGAAUUCACUCUAGCCUGCUUCUUGUGAUGGGCUUGUUGGUUACCCUGUGCUCUGCCUGAGAUCACAGUCCCAACAGGAUUCAUUAAGAUAUUGGAAUUAGUCUACAAUCUUUUAUUUUGGUUGAAAUAUAAAUUAUUAUUGUAUUGCAUUUCAAUGUUGUGCUAAGACAUAUGCAGCCAUUCAGAGUAAAGCAUUUUUGUUCAGCAUUUGAGCUGAAAAAGUAUUUCUAUUAAUGCUGACUAUGGAAGCUGUGAAUCUGAACACUUUCUUAAAUGUUUGUAUCUAAACUAUGACUGUGAUUCUUUUAAAAUUCAAUUUAAAAUAACUUACGUUGUUUUCGUGUUGGACUAUCAGCUUGUUUAAAAUAUGUCCUACCUCCAUGAAUAAACAUAAAAUGAAAAUAAAAUAAAAACUGUUAAAGUUAAACAUUACGUAUGUGGGUUUAAAAUUGCUGAUAUUUUCUACUGUUAUUUAGCAGGUUUUAUUGCUAACUGCACUUCUUAUGUUUAAUUAUAUCCUAGACUUUUAUAUGUAUACGGAAACUUGUAUUCUGACACAGUUAUAGAAAUUAUGCUCAAGUUGAAGAGCCAAGAAAGUUGGUGCAUUAUAAGUUUCCUUCUCAGAUUAAAGGAAGCUUUAAAAUUUGCAAUACAACAUAUACAAAUAAAUGAUGUUGCAAC